UGCUCGUACUCUGUCGCUAGAGGGGGCUCCACCGCUCUGUGUACUUGCGACAAUCUGCCUGAAGAGGGCGCGCAGGGCGGUAUCUGUAAUACGGCAGGUCACGGAUGAAAAGAAGCGUCCCAAAACUGUCGUAAAGUCCCGGUUCCUGAAAUGCACUCAUUGAAAACCCUGGAAGAAUGUCGAGGGUGGAUCAGAGUUUGAAAUGUCAUAGGCGUCCUUGAAGUUUGUAAAGAGAUUUUGAUUGUGAUGUCGUUUCGAGGAGGUAGGGGUGGAGGAGGAGGAGGUGGUGGCUUUGGUAGAGGAGGAAGAGGUGGUGGUGGAGGACGAGGAGGUGGUUUCGGUGGAGGACGAGGAGGCGGUUUCGGUGGAGGGCGAGGAGGUGGAGGAUUCCGCGGGGGAGGACGAGGAGGCUACAAUAGAGGAUAUGAUCAAGGACCUCCUGAUAGCGUAGUCGAAUUGGGGCAUUUCAUACAUCCUUGUGAAGAUGAAAUUGUUUGCAAAUGCACCUCUGAAGAAAAUAAAGUCCCGUACUUCAAUGCGCCCGUCUAUUUGGAAAACAAAGAACAAAUUGGAAAAAUUGAUGAAAUAUUUGGGCAGCUCAGAGAUUUUUAUUUUUCAGUUAAAUUGUCAGACAACAUGAAAGCUUCUUCUUUUAAGAAACUACAGAAGUUCUAUAUCGAUCCAGCUAAACUACUCCCUCUUCAGCGAUUCUUACCUCGGCCACCUGGUGAAAAGGGCCGAGGGAGAGGAGGUCGUGGAGGAGGACGAGGGGGACGAGGCGGUGGAUUUGGAGGGCGAGGCGGUGGAUUUGGAGGGCGAGGCGGUGGAUUUGGAGGGCGAGGUGGUUUCCGGGGAGGCGGUGGGGGUUUCAGAGGAGGCAGAGGUGGUGGAGGAGGAGGACGUGGCUUCAGAGGUGGAAGAGGAAGGUGAAAUUACAAAUAUUUGAAGAUUGAACAGCAACCUCCAAGUUUACCACUUUAUUCCUUAUUUUACCAGAUAUGAACUGUGUCAAGUUGAAGUUUUUAUCCUUAAAAAUGUGAUUUAUUGCAUGCAAGAUAUUUUUGUAUUAUUUGCAUUGUAAUACAUCACAACUGUGUGUUUGAUACAAAUGCGUUUGAGGGUCCAUUGUGUCACUUAGAAUUUGUUUGUACAGUGAUAGAAAUAUCAAUAUUCUUAUCGAACAAGUUCUGAAUAUAUUUGUACACGAGUGCAAAGGAUGUAAGUUGCAUUGUACUAUGCAAAUUGUACAAUGAUCUACUGAUUAUAAUAAUUGGUCUACAAAAUAGUACAGCUUGAGACGAUAUUUCAAUGUGAUAUUUGUUUGAAAAUAAAUGUUUUUACAGAAA